GUUGUUAGAAUUCCCCACCUUCCUUCCCUGCUUCAUCAUCUUUCUCAUUCUCUCUAAUCUUCUUUUCUCAUACAAUAACCCACCAUUUACCAACUCAAUAACCACCUUAAUUUUCUUCUUUCAACACCUUGUGUUCCCAUUAAUUCCUCACUCUUUGUAUCCCCCUAUAGAAGCAGAUAUGGUAGCAGCUUCCCCAAUCUCGAUUCGAAGCGAAAAGAUUUCACCCAUUGACCUUCCCAUGGUGGACCUAACCGGGGAAAGAUCAAUGGUGAAAAAACUCAUUGUGAAGGCUUGUGAGGAGUAUGGUUUCUUCAACGUGAUUAACCAUGGCGUCCCCCGCGACACCAUAGCCAAAAUGGAAGAAGCAGCUUUUGAUUUCUUUGCCAAACCAAUGGCCCAAAAGAAACAAGUUGCCCUUUAUGGCUGCAAGAACAUAGGCUUCAAUGGAGACAUGGGUGAGGUCGAGUACCUUCUCCUCAGUGCUACUCCUCCCUCUGUUGCUCACUUAAAAAACAUCUCCAAUGUGCCAUCAAACUUCAGCUCUAGUGUGAGUGCAUACACAGAAGGUGUGAGGGAGCUGGCAUGUGAGAUUUUGGAGCUAAUGGCAGAGGGUCUGGGGGUCCCGGAUACAUGGUUUUUCAGCAGGUUGAUCAGGGAGGUUGACAGUGACUCAGUCCUGAGGUUCAAUCACUACCCACCUAUUAUACUUAACAAAGACUGCUUCAAGGACAACCACAACCACACCAAGGUCAUUGGCUUUGGGGAGCAUUCUGACCCUCAGAUUCUUACCAUCCUCAGAUCCAACGACGUACCUGGCCUCCAAAUCUCUCUUCAAGAUGGCGUGUGGAACCCAGUUGCCCCUGACCCCUCAGCUUUCUGUGUUAAUGUGGGUGAUCUCUUACAGGUUAUGACAAAUGGGAGAUUUUUGAGCGUGAGACACAGGGCCAUGACCAACUCACACAAGUCUAGAAUGUCGGUGGCAUAUUUUGGUGGUCCACCACUUGAUGCAUGCAUUGUUGCUCCCCCAGUUAUGGUUACAUCCAAGAGGCCCUCCCUCCUCUUCAAGCCAUUCACUUGGGCUGAAUACAAGAAAGUCACCUAUUCUAUGAAGCUUGGAGAACGCCGCAUUGACUUUUUCAGGAAGUGCACUACGCAGCAGCAAAUAGAGUAAUAGCUAGGGUUUCGUUUUUCAUUUCAACUGUCAAAAGUUGUAGACUUAACCAGAAUGUAAAGGUUUUUACGUUUUGGGGUGGUGUCCUUGUUGUGAGGUGCUGUAUGCUUUGCCAAAAUGUGCCAACAAAUUUUGGACUUCGCAAAUUAACUUUAUAAGGUAAACAAAAAAGAAAGUUAUUGUUGAUGAAGUGCAUUAUUUGGGUGCCAUUUACCGGCAUUGCUUUUACCCAAUGAAAUCUGUGUUUGAGUUUCUUGUGUCCAGGUUGUUGUUGGGUGUUUGAUUAAGUUCUAAGUUAUGAUAAAAAAAAAAUUCUCAACAAUAAUUAAAUAUCAAGUGUGAAAAUGCUAUUUUAUUU